AUGUCUAUGAUCACAGCAACAACGUGGGUGCCGCGAGGCUUUGCGGCGCCCUUCCCGACGAAAUACACAUUCGACGAGGAGGAGUUUGAGCGCAUCUCCAAGCUGGCCAAGCUGGAACUCGACGACGCAAAGGACGACCUUGCUGAGGCUCAGGCCGAGUUGACUGGAGAGAAGGUUGCCAAGAAGGAUGAGAGCGACGACGACGAUGACGACGAGACACAUGCGACCGGCGCCGCGACACAGGACAUCGACCUCCAGGACGACGACUUGAAGGAGUACGAUCUCGAAAACUACGACAACGAUGACGCCGCCGAGAACGAGGACGGAGAAGGCGACGGCACCUUGAGCAUGUUCGGAAACGUACGCAACCUGGCAUACCACGGCUCCAACGCCGAGGACCCCUACAUCACACUCAAGGAGGGCGAGGAGUCGGACGACGAGGAGCGCGAGGAGAUGCAGAUCUUGCCCACCGACAACAUGCUGCUGGCCGCCCGCAUCGAGGACGAGGUCGCCCAUCUCGAGUGCUACGUCUACGAGGACGAUGCCGACAACCUGUACGUUCACCACGACAUCAUGCUGCCCGCCAUUCCGCUGGCCGUCGAAUGGAUCAACAUGCCCAUCUCCAAGCCUGGCGAGCCUGUUCCCGAGGGUCAANAGGCAAACUUCGUCGCUGUCGGUACUAUGGACCCGGACAUCGAGAUUUGGGACCUUGACACUGUCGACUGCAUGUACCCCAACGCCGUCCUUGGUCAAGGAACCGCAGAGAUCUCGGCAGCACCGACCAUGCCCGGCCAGAAGAAAAAGAAGAAGAGAAAGAGCAAGCAAAUCAACGACAAAUACCACAUCGACUCGGUGCUCGCCCUGUCGGCCAACCGCUUCCACCGCAACCUGCUGGCCUCGGCCUCGGCCGACACCACCGUCAAGCUCUGGGACCUCAGCACCCAGCAGUGCGCAAAGUCGUACAACGACUUCCACACCGACAAGGUCUGCGCCCUGCACUUCCACCCCCACGAAGCCCACUCGACCAUCCUCCUGACCGGCUCCUACGACCGCACCGUGUGUGCCGCCGACCUGCGCGCCGCAGAGGGCACCAAGCCCAAGCGCUGGGGCGUCGAUUCGGACGUCGAGCAAGUCCGCUGGGACNCCCACAACGAGCACGUCUUUUACGUGUCGACGGAAAGCGGUAUCCUGUAUGCCUUUGACGCCCGCAAUGCUCCCACCACCCCCGAAAAGACACAGGCCAUCUGGCGCCUGCAAGCCCACGAGUCGUCGCUGUCGUCGUUUGCACUUAACCCCACUGUGCCUGGUUUCAUUGCCACCGCAUCCACCGAUCGCACAGUCAAGCUCUGGAACGUCGAUCAAGCCACCAAUCAACCCUCCAUGGUUGUCUCGCGCGACCUCGGCGUCGGCCGCGUCUUCUCUACAAACUUUGCCCCUGACGAAGCAGUCGCGUUCCGUCUUGCUGUUGCCGGAUCAAAGGGUGCUGUCCAGGUCUGGGAUACCAGCACCAACAGAGCCGUGCGUGAGGCCUUUGCUGGCCGUGUCAAGGGCAUUGACGCAACAGAGGUCAAGGAGAGACUCGUUGCUGUUGCCAAUGACGAGGAGGUGAGUGACAGUGAUGAGGACGAGGAGGAGAAUGAGGAUGAAGCUGGUGCCGACGAGCGUGGCUGGGAGAGUAUGUCGGAGUAA